AUGUCGCAGGAACGUCUAAGCAAUGACGAGUUCCUCACCCGCCUCAGCACCCUCCUCACCUCCACGCACGCCGCAACCCACGGCUCCGUCUACCUUACACAAAAACCCUUAACACCCACUGCCGAUGAAUCAACCACACUAUCGUCACAGGUCCUGAUCCGGGCCUCGAACGGCCUCUCAAAACCACACCGAACCGCGUCUAAAAAGGUAGCCAAGUCCGGCGAUGCGAAGAAGGAGAAAGUCAAGUUUGCGACCGUGGUCGAAGUUGCAGAGUUGGAGGCGUUUUAUACAAAGUAUGCAGAGACGUGUAAGAAGGGGAUGGAGGGGUUGAGGAAGAGGGAUAAGAAAAAGGCAAAGGAGAAGGCGAAGGCGAAGAAGAAGGGGAAAGGUGGUGCUGGUGGUGGUGGGGAGAAGGCUUCGGGGUCGUGA